GCGGUGGUGUUAGACCAGAAUCUCGGCUAGGUGGCCGCACGAACGCGCUUAUUUCGCCGAGGCUGUGCCAGACGCACAUGGGAUCCGUCCUGCGUGCCCGGGGACCAUCAGCACCCGCAGCCGCGCGGACGGCACCCUCAGCCCGGUCAGGAGCAGCGCUCGCCCAGCCUCGCCUCUUCCUCUCACGCCACUCGCGCACGUAAAGCCACCGCCACACGUUUCGGAGGUGAUCCUCUUCCUCUCCCCGCGAGGCUCGCGGAGACACGGCGCCGCGUUUAUUCAUACCGUGUGCGAGCCUGACAGUCAGCCGCGGCGGACAAAACCGCGUCUGAGCGCGGAGAGGUCGGACUUCUUUGGCUGGGGAAGACACGCCGAAAACACACGCGGAAAGACUCCCGUCCUGUCGCCCCCCUUCUUUUAUUUCCUGUCAGUUUUUUCGUGCCAUUUGUUUCCUGCUGCCAAACCAGGAACCCGGGACUGAGCCCCUGCUCCGAGGAUGAAAGAAAACUAGAUUUGUGAUCGAGGCUUUGAGGUUGUUUUACUGGAUUUAUCUCGCUGUGGAGGAAAAGAGAUCCGGGAGCGGAGCGGUGCGCAAAAAGCCGAGGUCUUCCUCCUCUCUUCUCUCCUCUCCCUCCCUCUAUCUCUCAGUCUAUCAAUCUGCCUAGCUCUCCUCUUCUAUCUAUCUAUCUCCCCAUUUGUUUCCAUGUUUGUAGGUCCGUGCGAUUUUGCUAAAAUGCAUCAUCAACAGCGGAUGGCAGCUUUGGGAACAGACAAGGAACUGAGUGACUUACUGGAUUUCAGCGCGAUGCGAAACAGCGAUUUGAAAAUGUUCCCAACAUCCAUGAUGUUUUCCCCUCCUGUUAGCAGUGGAAAGAACGGGCCGACCUCCCUGGGGAGCGGACAUUUCUCCGGCUCAAAUAUGGAGGAGAGGACGGGUGCAGGAUCAUGGGCAAGUGGAAGUCGCUCUUCCAAGAGUUAUGCAGAUGGGUCUCAGUACAUGGCAUCACAUGACAGCCUCUCACCUCCAUACGGCAACUCCAGGCUAACAGGUAAAACAGAGAGGAGUUCGUAUUCGUACGGCAGAGAGUCCAACCCCCACUGCCACCAGUCAAUACUGGGUGGUGAGUUGGGUUUGGGGAGUCCAGGCGCGGCGUCGCCCACCAAGCCAGCUGGUCAGUACUACCAGCACUACAGCUCCAAUCCGCGGAGGAGAACAUUGCAUAUGGAAACCCUGGACAUUCACACAAAAAAAGUGCGGAAGGUCCCUCCCGGUUUGCCGUCCUCAGUGUACGCUCCGUCUGCCAGUACAGCCGACUACAACAGGGACUCACCGGGUUAUCCCUCCUCCAAACCUCCCAGUGCUGGUUUCCCAAGCUCAUUCUUUAUGCCAGAUGGUCACAGUGGUGAUCCCUGGAGCAGCAGUAGUAGCAGUAUGAGCCAGCAAGGUUACCACGGCAGCAUGCUGGGGGGUGGGAACUCAGCCCACGGCCCUGCCCAGAGCUCCUCCUACUGCGGGAUUCACCCUCACGACAGACUGAGCUACCCAUCCCACUCGUCUGCAGAUAUCAGCUCCAGCCUUCCUCCCAUGUCUAGCUUCCACCGAGGGGGAGGCAGCGGAGGCGGAGCCAAUCACUACAGCACCGCCUCUUGUACUGCCCCCACCAACGGCACAGACAGCAUCAUGGCUAACCGAGCACAGAGCGGAGCAGCCAGCAGCUCUCAGACAGGAGACGCCUUAGGGAAAGCGCUCGCAUCGAUUUACUCUCCAGACCACACGAACAACAGCUUCUCGUCCAAUCCCUCCACCCCAGUAGGCUCCCCACCCACCCUCACAGCCGCCAGUUCAGCUGUUUGGUCGAGGAACGGUGGACAGGGAGCGUCAUCGCCAAACUACGAGGCUCCGCUGCACUCUCUGCAAAGUCGUAUUGAGGACCGCCUGGAGCGUUUGGAUGAUGCCAUCCAUGUACUGCGGAGCCACGCCGUGGGACCGUCUACGGGUAUGACCAGCGGGCACGGUGACAUGCACAGCCUCAUCGGGGCCGCACAUUCGCACAACGGUGCCAUGGGUGCUCUGGGCAGCGGGUACGGGACGGGACUGCUGUCGGCCAACAGGCACUCCCUCAUGGUGGGCUCUCACAGAGAAGACGGUGGUGGCGUGGGCGGUUUGCGCGGCGGACACUCAAUGGCGGGUCAGGUGCCAGUGCCUCAGCUGCCAGUUCAGUCAGCCACCUCGCCAGACCUCAGCCAGCCCGACCCCUACCGCGCUCUGUCCGGAGGCCUUCAGGGCCAGAGCACCUCCUCAGUCAGCUCAGAGAUCAAGUCUGAGGACGAGGGGGACGAGAACCUCCUGCAGGACACAAAGUCCCUGGACCCCAAGAAGGAGGAUGCCGACAGCAAGGAGCUCAAAGCUAUAGAGAGCAACAAUGACGACGAGGACCUGUCUCCGGAGCAGAAGAUGGAGAGAGAGAGGGAACGGAGGAUGGCCAACAACGCACGGGAGCGCCUGCGCGUCCGCGACAUUAAUGAGGCGUUCAAGGAGCUGGGCAGAAUGGUCCAGCUGCACCUGAAGAGCGACAAACCCCAGACCAAGUUGCUGAUCCUGCACCAGGCUGUGGCCGUCAUCCUCAGUUUGGAGCAACAAGUCAGAGAGCGGAACCUGAACCCCAAGGCAGCCUGUCUGAAGCGCCGCGAGGAGGAGAAGGUGACUGUGACGUCAGACGGGACUCCCCUCUCGCUGGCUGCCGCGCACCAUGCCGCCGCCGCCAUGGGCGAUGGGUCAAACCCCAUGGGACAAAUGUAAAACGCAGCAACAUCUCCUCCCCCCCUGAAUGGUCUAAGGUGCCAGAGUUCAUCAAGAUGAUGAGUGACCACUUCCUCUGACGGCGUUUCCAUGACAACCCAGCAAUCGAUCAAACCCGUUCUUGCUUCAGCCUGACCAAUCAGAUCAGCCUCUUUUUCUCCUCUCGUCUGUCAUCUCUGAUCCUCCUCUUCGCCUUUGUCUCCUUCUUCUGUCGAGAACACAAACUGCAGAGUCACAUUAUUCGCUUUCGUCACUUUGCAACUCCAGCCGAAGUAAACUGGAUGCUACUUUGUGGAGACGUUAAAACGGCCACUGUAACAUGGCUGCUACAAAGUGACAGUUUGUGGGAGCUUUUCAAACGAAGUGACAGCAAUGGACAGAAGUCUUUGGAAUCACAUCAUCCAAGAAAUUCUUCUUGUAAUACUUGCUUUAUCAGCAUUCCCAGUUUUAAAGAACAAAAGGGUUCUAUAUAUGAAUAUAUAUAGUAUAUAUAUAUAUAUAUGAGAAAAGGAAAAAUAACAAAAAACUUGUUUAAAAAAGUGCAACUGGAUGCGGGCAGUGAGGAGGCUAGGGGUUGGAGAGGGUUGUUCAGAAUGGAACAAAACAUAUCACAAAGUGUUUAAAGAGAUUUUUUUUAAAGCAAAUUGCGCAGCUGUUGUUGAACGCAGCCCCAGAGCAUCUCUGACUGAAUGGCAAUCUAACGCCACACUGUGGACGAAGCUGUGCCUGAUUUCCUGUUGGAUGCAAACCAGUCAGAUAGAUACACACGGAGAAGCAAAGCAAACAAAACUAAAAAAGAAGAAGAAAUUUCCAUUAAGUAUCACAGAAGCAGGCUGAGAACUCACACAUCCCCUUAUAAACCACACAUCUUCAAGUAUAAAUGAAAAUGAAGAAGAGAUUAGGAAGCAAAAUCUGUGUGACCCUACUGCUUUUUUGAAAUGCUUGAACUGCUGAGUGAUCUGAACAAAAACAAAGUUCACAAAUGCUAUUUGACUAUCAUAGAUGGCUAGAAAUAAGCGGGGCUAAACAAGAAAAAGUGGCAACACGUUCCUCCCAUUCUGAUGCAUUCCCUCGUAAACAUUUAGUUUGUAAGUGUUUAAACAAAUAUAAACAUUUAUGUUUAUGUAUUUUUAUUAGUGUUUCAUGCUAAUAGCCACGUUGACUUUCUUCAGACUGCAAAAUUGUAUGAACUUGUAAGUUUUUAGUAUGAACACAAAUACAAAAACCCUCAACAGUUGUUCCCAAGUGGCCCGUGUGUUUCUACUGGGAGGAAGAGAGUACAAACAGAAUCAAUCAUUCAAUCAAUUAAUCAGUCAAUCAGUGAGUGACUCCAGAGAGUUUAAAUUAUUGAAGGUAGAUGAAUAAGAGGAGAAAGACAGGGAGCAAGAAUCAUGCUGUAAUGCAAAAGUGUACUUCUACUUUUCUUGACAUCUGUUUUCCCGAAUCAAAGUUCUUCGCCUGAUAUUCAACAGCAUUGGGAGAACAGGCAGAGUUUGAGACUGGUCUUCAAACUGUUCCUGAAUUUAAAGGAUUACUGGGCAGAUGGUUGAGAGGAUGGACAGGUGAAAGAAAAGACAGAUAGAUGGAUGGGUGGAUGAGAGGUAAGAGGGCUGGACUGAGCACUGAAGUGAAUUCUAUUCCAUGUUUAGCACAUUCCCAAAUUCACAAUCUCUCUACUUGAAUCGAGUGCUCCCGAUGUCAUGAAGGCCUGAAUUAUGGGAGGCGUGGGAGUCAUGGAAGGGGAAAGCAGGAUUGAGUUGGGCCAUCAUUCCAAGGAAUUUGAGCUUGAGGGAGAGAAACAAAAACAGAGAAUCCAGAGGUUUAAAUGUUGAUGACGCUGCAGGGGAAGCAAAGAAACAAUCAUUGGGGUUAGGGGUGUAUAAUUUUCCUCUGGGGCCAAGCAGCAGUAGUUAAAGCAUUCCUGUAGUGGAUCAUUAGACACCCUCAUUUCCUGGUUUAGUGUCUGUCAAAUCAUAACCCUAAACCUCUAACCCCAACUUCAGACUUCGCCCCUGCCCGAAGUACCAACCUUGGAGGGGCUUUCUGAUUGACACUUGCUGUUUGGCAAAAAAACAGAUGAGUCUAUGUCAUUGUUGAGGCGUCUGUUGCUGCGACCAUUAGCAAAGUCUCAUUUAACUGCUUCAAGUUGCAUUUCAAUCCUUGCAGUCUUUUGCAUGAUGGUGUUGUAGUGGUCUAAUCCAUUGCAUUGCAGACACUCAAAUCUGAUCAGGAAUCCUGCAGUUCCAACAGGAUUCUGUUUAGAGAAGAGUACUAUUUGGACUUGUUGGUACAGGAAAACUACACAUCAGUUGCUUAAAGGAGCUGGGAGGAAUGGUAGCAAAAAAAUGUUGCCUAUGCCAGUGCAUUUUUUGGAUAGCUAGCUGAGUCAGGCUUUCAGCUGAGUGAAAGAAUAAUUGGUGUUCCUGUAUGAAACAGGCCAAAUGUCAGCAGACUCUUGCUCAUAUAUGACAGCCAGAUUAGAAAAGGUUUUAAGGUUUCAGACUUUGACUGAUCAGCCACAGCUAGCAACCCUCUGCUGCUUUGGGCAAGUGUUGGUCCCCAGAAUCAAACCAGAGUAUUCCACUGUGUCAUUCAUCCUGAGUCUGGUAUGAGCUCAGCAACUAGAGAUGCUGGAAGUAGGCAGGCAUUUCUUGGGACCCGUCAUUUUGAUUAGCUUGGUUUAAUGCAUGCAAGAUGCAUGCAAAUUCAGAACGUUUGUUACAAAUAUGUUUAUUUGAGUCAACUGAAACCAGAUCAGUGUUGCCUCUUGUACUUAAAACUUACCCUUGGGUAGAUGUUCUAUGAUCGUCAUGAUUUCUGAGGUACAGGUUAGUCAUGAGCUCAACCAGGUGGAAACAGGGAUAAAUUAAUCAGCACUAGAUAGGUCAGGAAGAAAACUUUAAGGUUGGUUGAAAUAUCUCCAACAGUGUCCGUUGUUUUCUGGUGUCAAUCUGAAAGCCCCUUUACGCCCUCACCACGAUUUAAACCUUUUGCAGUCCAGGCCUGUGUUUAAUCCCCAGUCCCAGUACUGUCUUCUCUGCUGACCCUAGCCUUAUUAGCCCUGAACGAGUGUCCUAGCCCCUCUCCCAGGCCUCUUGCCCCACCUAAGCGGUCCCACAGAUGCAAUUUGAACAUUCACACUUCUACCAAUGUGCCUUUUUAGAGUUCAUAUCAUUCGAAUUACCAGAGGAGGACAUUUACCUGGUCUUUUAAUAGGAUGCAAGCUUAGGGAAACCUGUUCUUAGUCGUUAGGUUCUAUGCAGUCAGGUUUUUUAACAGACCUGGGAAUUUAAAAAAAGCUAAAAAAGGAAAAAAAAGUAUUUUUUGGAUAAAAAAAAAACAAAACUGUAUUUAAUGUACUGUACGCUUAUAUGUAAGUAGACAGCGUGUUCUGGCUUUAAGCCAAUGGGACAGACGCUUGAUUUAGCAAGACGAGCCCCCGUCCCAGUCCUCCCCUUCCCCCCCAAGUCCUUCAUAACCCCCCAAACCUCACUUUCCUGUUCCAAGCCCCAGCCCUGUUUCCGUGGUGAACAACGCGUCUCUUCUUGUAUUAUAGCUUAUCAGCUUUUUAUCAAUAUUUGAUCGGCUUGUCCAUAAGCCAAUGUAGUCUUCAGUACAAAGUGUGUGGUUGUAUGUUGUAAAACAGAUUUUCUUUUUUUCUCUCUCUCUCUCUGUUUUUUAAGAAGAAUCUUUUCUCUUAU